AUGGCUCUUUAUUGUGCAAUAUCAAAUGAAGUGCCCGAAGUCCCCGUGGUAUCGCCGUCAUCCGGGUCGGUUUUUGAAAAGCGCAUAAUAGAGAAAUAUAUUAUAGAAAAUGGGGUUGACCCUAUCAGUGGCAAGGAGUUAAGGCUAGAGGAUCUUAUAGAAAUAAAGACCCCUCCUAUAGUAAAACCAAAACCUCCCAGUGCCACAUCCAUUCCAGCUACUCUAAAGAGUAUGCAGGACGAAUGGGAUGCUCUGAUGCUUCAUACAUUUACACAAAGACAACAGCUGCAAACUGCUAGACAGGAACUCAGUCAUGCUUUAUAUCAGCAUGAUGCAGCAUGUCGUGUUAUUGCAAGGCUUACAAAAGAAGUGACUGCUGCAAGAGAGGCGCUUGCAACUCUCAAACCACAAGCUGGCAUAGUUGCUCCACAGCCCACUCAUGCGGCAGAAGUUGCAGCUGGGCCAGGAGGUGCAGUACCAAUUGGCAUGUCCUCAGAAGUGGUAUCCCGGCUACAGGAGCGUGCAACUGCUCUCACACAGGAGAGAAAGCGACGGGGACGUACUGUGCCUGAGGGGCUUGUUACUCCUGAACAGAUCCGCUCAUUUCUUACACUUGCAUCACAUCCUGGUUUGCACUCUGCCAGCGUACCAGGUAUACUGGCUCUGGAUAUUAAUCCAUCUGACCACAGCCGUUUGCUCACCGGCGGAAAUGACCGCAAUGCCACUGUUUUCAAUAAAGAUACUGAACAGGUGGUAGCAAUUCUCAAAGGGCAUACAAAGAAGGUGACGCGCGUGAUUUAUCAUCCUGACGAAGACACGGUCAUUACGGCUUCGCCGGACCACACUAUCCGUGUUUGGAAUGUGCCAACCUCACAGACGACAGUGUUGCUCCGUUCACACGACGGUCCAGUAACCGGUCUGUCGCUUCACCCAACGGGCGAUUAUGUGCUAUCUACUUCUUCAGAUCAGCACUGGGCUUUCUCAGACAUUCGCACCGGUGCUUUGCUUACGAAGGUUAGCGACUCAUCGGGAGUAAGCUUAACCACAGCCCAAUUUCACCCUGAUGGUUUGAUCUUUGGAACUGGAACUGAGAACUCUCAGGUAAAGAUUUGGGAUUUGAAAGAGCAGAGCAAUGUAGCAAACUUUCCUGGACACGUGGGACCGGUCACUUCUAUAUCAUUCUCGGAGAACGGCUACUACUUAGCCACGGCCGCUGAAGAUGCCUGCGUAAAGCUUUGGGAUUUGAGGAAAUUAAAGAACUUCAAGACUAUUCAACUUGACGAGGGAUAUGCUAUUAAGGAGCUGUGUUUCGAUGGCAGCGGAACAUACCUAGCCGUAGCUGGGUCGGAUGUCCGCGUGUACUUGUGCCGUCAGUGGCAGGAGCUGAAGGUGUUUAAUGACCACACCGCAGCCGCCACCGGAGUACGUUUUGGACACAACUCACAUUAUCUAGCUUCCACCAGCAUGGACCGUACUCUCAAAAUAUAUGGAAUAGAAUAG